AUGAUAUUGAUAAAAUUUAUUAAAAGCAUUCAAAUAAGUUUAGAAACCACUAAUAAAGAUAAUGUAAGUGAUGAUCAAGUAAAAAGUCUUAGUUAUAUUAUUGAAAAUGUAAACAGUGAACUUUCUAAUAAUACUAAUUACCAUUAUCAAAGGUGUGAACCUGAUUUAAUGAAAAAUUUUAUUAAAACACUUAAUGGUUUUUCUAAAGAAUCAGUUAGAGGCUUUUAUUCAUCAGAUGAUAUUAUUAAUGAAAACUCAUUAGAUCCAAGAAGGUUCAAUAAUGUUUAUUUCAUUUUUAGUGAUAAUAUUUUUACAAAUAAGGAUUUGUAUAUUAUUAUGUUUUUAUGUCUUUUGUUAAUAGGGGCUUAUAGUUGCUUUUUAUUUUAUUUUUUCAGAAAAAUGUGA